AUGUCACGCUCGUCACUCAUUGUCAUGACAACCAGACUGGUCGCCAGCCCCGUCACCAGACUGGUCGCCAGCCCCGUCACCAGACUGGUCGCCAGCCCCGUCACCAGACUGGUCGCCAGCCCCGUCACCAGACUGGUCCCCAGCCCCGUCACCAGACUGGUCCCCAGCCCCGUCACCAGACUGGUCCCCAGCCCCGUCACCAGACUGGUCCCCAGCCCCGUCACCAGACUGGUCCCCAGCCCCGUCACCAGACUGGUCCCCAGCCCCGUCACCAGACUGGUCCCCAGCCCCGUCACCAGACUGGUAGCCAGCCCCGUCACCAGACUGGUAGCCAGCCCCGUCACCAGACUGGUAGCCAGCCCCGUCACCAGACUGGUAGCCAGCCCCGUCACCAGACUGGUAGCCAGCCCCGUCACCAGACUGGUAGCCAGCCCCGUCACCAGACUGGUCCCCAGCCCCGUCACCAGACUGGUCCCCAGCCCCGUCACCAGACUGGUCCCCAGCCCCGUCACCAGACUGGUCCCCAGCCCCGUCACCAGACUGGUCCCCAGCCCCGUCACCAGACUGGUCCCCAGCCCCGUCACCAGACUGGUAGCCAGCCCCGUCACCAGACUGGUAGCCAGCCCCGUCACCAGACUGGUCCCCAGCCCCGUCACCAGACUGGUAGCCAGCCCCGUCACCAGACUGGUCCCCAGCCCCGUCACCAGACUGGUCCCCAGCCCCGUCACCAGACUGGUCCCCAGCCCCGUCACCAGACUGGUCCCCAGCCCCGUCACCAGACUGGUAGCCAGCCCCGUCACCAGACUGGUCCCCAGCCCCGUCACCAGACUGGUCCCCAGCCCCGUCACCAGACUGGUAGCCAGCCCCGUCACCAGACUGGUCCCCAGCCCCGUCACCAGACUGGUCCCCAGCCCCGUCACCAGACUGGUCCCCAGCCCCGUCACCAGACUGGUCCCCAGCCCCGUCACCAGACUGGUCCCCAGCCCGUCUGUAAGCUUCUAG